CGUUACCCUUGAUGACAGUUCAAUUACUGAAAGAUUCAUAGAGAAGAUCRCACUAAUUUACAAACUAACGGUCUUAGAGUACAUAGUAGUGAUUGUUUAAGGUCGUUCUUCCAUGGAUUGUCAAGUACCGACGCUUCAAACUUUAUGCAUAGAYUACAUGAAAAACUCCAAAAACCGUCAAGAAUACGCGUUGUUAGUGAACAGCGGAGAAGUCGCACACGMAAUUUUGUAUAAGUCUGAACUCAAAACCCAAGUUUGCAGGUCAAUGGUGUUAAUCGAAAGUAAGCGAACAAUGAGAGAUGGCUURUAUCAACGAGGKAUUUUAUGUGGCUAUGAUGUCCGUACAAGAUAUUUUUUGCUUGGUACGUUCGAGGGUUGUACAUGUUAUGAUCCCUUUGAGAUAAGYGAGUGGUCAGGUGCAAUACACUUGAAAGAUAUUGUUCGGGUCGUGAGUGAGCAUUUACUAAACUACACCAGUUGGAAAGGAAGCCAACGCAACCUUUGCGAACCAGAGGACAUGCCAAACAAACAAACAAUUUAUCUUUACCAAUCGAUUGCAAAAUGGAUUUCAACAAACAACGAUCUAUUCGGUCCGCUUUACUUAACGAAAGAAUUUCUUGAAAUGGCGCAUGGAAAGCGAGUAGAAGUACCAAGAGUGAAUAUUGGAUACAUCUAAUCAGCCAUCUUUAUUAUCAAUUAAU